AUGGUAAGAGGUUCAUCUCAGUCCCAAUUGUCAUCUUCCUCGACCUCCAGGCCCGGACUCAUGGCUCCGCGCGGUUCUGCUGCUGCGACGGCUGGCAUGCGCUGUCGUCGGGUCGGCGCAGCUUCUGCUACAGCCAGCUCUGGGGGGAUCGGCGACGGUUCUGGCCCCGGUGGCAACAUGCUUGGGUUCUGCACCGAUGAAGCCCCCGGCUUGAAGAUCUCACCGACUGUCGUUCUCGUCAUGAGCCUCUGCUUCAUCGGCUUUGUCACGGUCCUCCACGUUUUUGGCAAGCUUUAUCGCCGAUCCGGCGAUGGAGCUUAGUUUUCUCUUUCGGAUUCACAUACUUUCAUUGUGGAUCUUCGAUCGUUCUUUUAGAGCCAUAGUGAUCUUCGGCUCCUGACUCGAUAAAUGGGUAAGUUGGGAGUCACACAAGCGCUCCAGUAAUAAUGGUAGAGAAAUCCAAAAAUGGGAUCCGAGAAAGUUGUAAAAGUUGCAGAGGCAGGUAAUCUGGUUUGUCACGGCGUCUUUGAUGGGGCUGCAGCAGUUGGCUGUUGGGGUACGGCCAAGCUUUCUUAGCCAUGGUGUCUCCCAGAUCAACCCAUAUCAGAACCAACUCUGGUACUGAUCCAUUCAUGGAGACAGCUCACUUUCUGCACACCUGUGGCCUCUGUAAACGACGCCUGGCGACCAGCUGUUGUGGCUCCAACAAGACCAACAUGGUGAGAGAAAGAUUGGAGGGUAGGGAUCUUCGGAAGGAGCUGG